CUCCCCCCCGCCCCCCGCCCCUCGAACUCUUCUCGGCCCCUCCUUCUGCUCUCCUCCACGCUCUCUGUCACCAUGAUCAUCUACAAGGACUCCCUCACCGGCGACGAGAUCAUCUCCGACUCGUACAACCUCAAGGAGAUCGACGGCGUUGCCUACGAGGCCGACUGCAAGAAGAUCACCGUCGGCGCCGACAACAUUGACAUUGGCGCCAACCCGUCCGCCGAGGAGGGCGAUGAGGGCACCGACGACCAGGCCCAGACCGUCAUCGACGUUGUCCACUCCUUCCGCCUGAACGAGACCUCCUUCGACAAGAAGUCGUACCUCACCCAUCUCAAGGGCUACAUGAAGGCCGUCAAGAGCAAGCUCAAGGAGAAGGGCGCAAGCGAUGACGAGGUUACUGCAUUCGAGAAGGGUGCUUCGGCCUUUGCCAAGAAGAUUGUCGCCAACUUCAAGGACUACGAGUUCCUGAUCGGCGAGUCCAUGGAUCCCGAUGGCAUGGUUGUCCUUCUCAACUACCGCGAGGAUGGUGUCACUCCCUUCGUCACUGUGUGGAAGCACGGGUUGGACGAGAUGAAGGUCUAAGUGGAUAGGCCGCAGGCGUGGCCGCGGAGGAGGGUUGAGCCGGGUUUAGGAUAUGUGACCAUCUAUUGCAUGCACGGGAUAUCCGCCAUAGUGCUGAAAAGCGAUUAUGAAUCUACGGGGUUCGCCUACCGCUUUAUUUGCAACGUCAUGUCUUCCGUGGACCUCAAGCUCCCAAGUGCGGAGCAUGUCCAAUACCAACCUCGUUCCAGGGGGCAUUCUUGAUUCCCAGUCUAUGUUGGUGGCCUCGGGAUGCGCAC